GCGAAACCCUUGAAAACCCUAAUUCCCUUUUCCUCUCUGCCGGAGUACGAACGUCUCGGCAUCUCGUAUCUCCUCCGCCUCUCUCUCCUGCGUUCGAAGAAGAAACCCCAAAUCUCCUGUCCGCAAACCUAACAAUGGCCGAGGGACUCGUGUUGAAGGGCACCAUGCGCGCUCACACCGACGCCGUCACCGCCAUUGCCACUCCCGUCGACAACGCCGACUUCAUCGUCUCCUCCUCCCGCGACAAGUCCAUCGUCCUCUGGAAGCUCACCAAGGACGAUAAGUCCUAUGGCGUCCCCCAGCGUAGACUCACCGGUCACUCUCACUUCGUUCAGGACGUCGUCCUCUCCUCCGAUGGUCAGUUCGCGCUCUCCGGCAGCUGGGAUGGUGAGCUCCGCCUCUGGGACCUCGCCACCGGUGUCUCCACCCGCCGAUUCGUCGGUCACACCAAGGACGUCCUCUCCGUUGCAUUCUCCGUCGACAACCGUCAGAUCGUAUCUGCGUCCCGUGACCGUACGAUCAAGCUCUGGAACACGCUCGGUGAGUGCAAGUACACCAUCUCUGACCAAUCUGAAGGCCACAGGGAGUGGGUGAGCUGCGUUAGGUUUAGCCCCAAUACGCUCGUGCCGACAAUCGUCUCCGCCUCUUGGGAUCACACCGUGAAGGUGUGGAAUCUCCAGAACUGCAAGCUGAGGAACACGCUCGUGGGUCACUCGGGAUAUCUCAACACAGUCGCCGUGUCUCCGGACGGUUCGCUCUGCGCCAGUGGCGGAAAAGACGGCGUGAUAUUGCUGUGGGAUUUGGCCGAAGGGAAGAAGCUGUACUCGCUCGACGCUGGUGCUGUGAUCCACUCCCUCUGCUUCAGCCCCAACAGGUACUGGUUGUGCGCCGCUACGGAGCAUGGCAUAAAGAUCUGGGAUCUUGAGAGCAAAAGCAUUGUCGAGGACUUGAAGGUCGAUCUCAAGGCCGAGGCAGAGAAGUCGGAUGGAGACACUGGAGCCGCGAACAAGCAAAAGGUCAUCUACUGCACGAGCUUGAGCUGGAGUGCAGAUGGUAACACAUUGUUCAGUGGAUACACAGACGGAAUCAUCAGAGUCUGGGGCAUCGGCCGUUACUAGAAGAAGCAAUAAUAUGUUCUUCCAAUGAUGAUUCCUUUCAUUUCUAUCAAAUUUUCAGAAAUAUUUUAAACCCCUUUGAUGAUAUGCCCCAUUUUCCCAUGUUAGUUGUCAUGAGCUGUUCUGAGUUGUAAUCUUUUUCUGAUCAGAGAGAUCAUUUUGGGCAUGUUGCGUUUUCAACGUUUUGCCAAAGACAGGACGGGCAUUGUUCGUUGCUCAUCUCCUUUGUUAUCACUAAGAUAUGGCCCGGCAGAUGAGCAUUGGCAACCCGUCAAACGUCUUCUACUAUAUCUUGGCACACGGGAUCACGGCAUCUACUUCUCAGCUUCGAACUCACCCAUACUACAUGCUUUCUCUGAUGCUGAUUGGACGUCUGAUGCUGAUUGGACGAUACUACAUGCUUUCUCUGAUGCUGAUUGGACGUCUGAUGCUGAUUGGACGAGUGACAGAUACAAUUUUAAAUCCAUUCUCGUGUAUAUUGUGUAUCUUGGUUGCUAUCCGAUUUCAUGAUCAUCGAAAAAACAAUAAGGUUUAUCUCA